AUUUCACGUUUAACACACUGAACUUUCCCCAAAACAAGCGCCCGUCGCCAACCAGAACAAAGCUCUAUUCCCUAAAUCCUCAAGUUUUAUUAUAUACCAUCUGCAGCUACUGCUUUCUAUAUUCAAUUUUCAGCUCUUUAUUCUCAUACACAUGGAAACUGCUACAGCUUUUGGGUCUGCUUUCAGCGUCUGUUACAAACCCACCAAGGCGUCUCUUGGUGGAUCGGAUUUUGUUCGAUUCGGGUCACAGUUUCGGCUUUCUCCUUCUGGGAUCAAGCUUUAUCCCUCAAUUUCUCAUGUGAAGUUGAGUAACAAGAAAGCGGCUUUUAGUAGCAGAAAAUGUACCUCGAUCAGGGCAUCUCAAUCACCCUCGGAGUCUGGACGUUCAGCUGCCCCUAUUGCUCCACUUCAGCUGGAAUCUCCAGUUGGCCAAUUUCUCUCUCAGAUUUUGACAAGUCACCCACAUCUUGUCCCUGCUGCUGUAGAUCAGCAGCUUGAACAGCUUCAAACUGAACGCGACUCAGAGCAACAGAAGGAAGAACCAUCUGCAACUGGUACUGACAUUGUCUUGUACAGGAGAAUUGCUGAGGUUAAGGCUAAUGACAGGAAAAAAGCUUUAGAGGAGAUAUUGUAUGCUUUGGUGGUGCAGAAAUUUAUGGAUGCCAAUGUAUCUUUAGUUCCUGCAGUCAGUCCGCCUUCAUCUGAACCUUCUGGUCGUGUUGAUACAUGGCCCAGCCAAGACGAUAAGUUUGAGCGUCUUCAUUCAGCAGAAGCUAAUGAGAUGAUUCAAAACCACCUGGCUCUCAUUCUAGGAAGUCGAUUGGGUGAUCAUUCUGCAGUGGCUCAAAUAAGUAAAUUAAGAGUAGGCCAAGUUUAUGCAGCAUCAGUUAUGUAUGGAUAUUUCCUCAAGAGAGUGGACCAGAGGUUUCAGCUAGAAAAGACCAUGAAAGUCCUUCCUCAGGGUGUAGACGAUGAAGAUAGUAGCAUUCGGCAAGUGGGAGGGGAGGAGAUUAGGUCUGGUGAUAGGAGUGAUACUUCUUUCAGGGUAACACAAUCCCAUCCAGAAUUGUCAUCAUGGUCUGCAGGUAGUGCGAGUUCUGGAGGGUUUGGCCAUGGCAUAAAGCCCUCAAGAUUGAGAAACUAUGUGAUGUCAUUUGAUGGGGAGACACUCCAGAGAUAUGCAACCAUCAGAUCUAAAGAGGCCAUAGGCAUAAUAGAGAAACAUACCGAAGCACUAUUUGGUAGACCUGAGAUUGUUAUCACCCCUCAAGGCACUGUUGACUCUUCUAAAGAUGAACUUCUUAAGAUCAGUUUUGGAGGGCUGAGGCGGCUUGUUUUAGAGGCUGUAACUUUUGGGUCUUUCCUCUGGGAUGUUGAGAGCUAUGUUGACUCAAGAUACCAUUUCGUUGCAAAUUAAAAAUUCUGGACCCUCCAUGGUUGGUUUUAGAUUUAUGCCGGAGGCUUACAAACUUAGUGCAGUUAGCAUGUUCUAAAGGAAUUACAGUGGAUCAUGUGCUUGUUGACUUGUAUAUACAUAUUUCAUAAUAGACAUUAUUUAACAACAGUGUGUUCCCAUAAUAUCUGUGCUUCAUACAAGUCGGUUAACAUGAUUACAAGACGUUUACAUGAUUACAUGGCAGAGGUGAAUCCCUACUUUUCCCUUCCUCCUUUUCACUUAGCAGCCCCAAUAAAGUGUCGUUGGUCUUGGUGCAAUUAGGGAGGAACCACAUUUGUUUUCUCCAUAUUUCGUAUCCCUUGUCUUGUCUGACCUGUUCAUGCUUUAUUGCAUAUUCCAUUUUCUGCUUAAA